AGAUUGAUUCAUUAUAUUGAUCAAAGAUUUCAUCAUUCGAAGAGUUAUCAUGGAUUUUUCCAUUCAUCGUUCUAUGAUUGCCAGCAUUUUGUUCCUCGCAAUGGCCGUGUUGGCUGCCAGUGUUCAUGCAAAAGAAACGACGUACAUUGUUCAGCUUGAACAUCCGGAGACUGAGUUAACAACUCUGGAUGACCGCAAGAAAUGGUACUCGUCAUUUGUAGGGCAAGAUAAAGCUUUGGUGUAUGCUUACGAGCAUGUAUUGAAUGGGUUCGCUGCUCGUUUGACGGACCCAGAACUAGAAGCAAUGCGAGACAAGCAAGGCUUUAUUGCGGCGUACCCAGACACUCUCCUGCCAUUGCACACCUCAUAUUCCGGCCAAUUUCUGGGGCUCCAGCCCACCAACGGGCUCUGGCCGGCGACCGAUUUCGGCAAGGGCGUCAUAAUUGGAGUGUUAGACACGGGCGUGUGGCCAGAGAGCCCUUCCUUCUCGGACGCCGGAAUGCCUCCCCCGCCGCCAAAGUGGAAAGGUGUGUGCCAAAGUGGCCCUGAUUUCAACUCAUCCAACUGCAACAACAAACUGAUAGGAGCCAGAGUUCUAAGCAGCGACCCCAGUCCACGCGACACAGAAGGCCACGGGACUCAUACCUCAUCUACAGCCGCCGGUACCCGCGUUGGCAAUGCCAGUCUGUUCGGUUACGCGCCCGGAACGGCGUCUGGAAUGGCUUCGGGUGCUCAUGUAGCCAUGUAUAAGGUCUGCGGGGCUGACGGGUGUCUGUCAACGGAUAUUCUUGCAGGCAUGGACCAAGCUGUGGCGGACGGGGUAGACGUCAUGUCGCUCUCUAUUGGAGGAUCCUCGGUUCCCUUCUACGCGGAUCCCAUUGCCCUGGGUGCCUUUACUGCAGUCCAGAAGGGGAUUUUUGUUGCCUGCUCCGCAGGCAACGGCGGUCCCGAUAACUCUACUCUUUCAAACGAGGCACCGUGGAUCAUGACAGUGGGAGCGAGCACCCUGGAUAGAAAUUUCAUCGCAACCGUCCAACUGGGCGACGGGAGAGUCUUCUAUGGAGAGUCUCUGUACCCAGGGAAAGGCCUUUCCGGCUCCAAAUCGCUGGUCCAUGUUACCACGGCGGGUGGAAAUUUGUGCCUGAACGGGAGCCUGACCUCCAGCGCCGUGGCGGGAAAGAUUGUGGUGUGUGAACGAGGCUCCGUAGCUAGAGUAGAGAAGGCUGACGUGGUUCGAGCAGCAGGAGGGGCGGGGAUGAUAUUGGUCGCGGAUGUUACGUCUGGGGAGGAAAUCAUAGCAGAUCCCCAUGUCUUGCCGGCAACCUAUGUCGGCUAUAAAGCUGGUGCCGCCAUCAAAGCUUACGCAGCCUCAGGGAAAACACCGACUGCAGGGAUUGAUUUUCAGGGCACCGUGUUCGGCAGCAAGGAAGCGCCCUCUGUGGCGUCUUUUUCGUCCAGGGGUCCGAGCACUGCCAAUCCGGACAUCCUAAAGCCGGAUGUGAUAGGACCCGGAGUUAAUGUCCUUGCGGCGUGGCCUUUAAAUCUUGGCGCCACAGGCCUCCCUGAUGACCAGAGGUUGGUUAAGUUCAAUAUAAUUUCCGGGACCUCCAUGUCGUGUCCCCAUGUGAGCGGGCUGGCCGCUUUGAUCAAAGCUGCCCAUCCGGACUGGAGCCCGGCUGCCAUCAAAUCUGCUCUCAUGACUACGGCAAGCGUUAUGGAUAAGAAAGGCCAGCUCAUCCUUGACAGCUCAACCAAUGCUACAGCUGACGUUUUUGGUACAGGCGCGGGACAUGUAAAUCCAGAAGAGGCAGUGAACCCAGGGCUUAUAUAUGACAUCACUCCGGCCGACUACAUCCCUUACCUUUGUGGCCUGAAUUACACAACUAGCCAGAUUGGGGCCAUUGUGGGUACAAGGGUCACAUGCCCUACUAGUGACCCUGAAAGUACUCGCCCGGGAAAUUUGAAUUACCCGUCUUUCUCUGCGGUUUUCGAUACAACAGUAGCGCCUGUCUCAACUACGUUGAGACGAACAGUGACUAACGUUGGGGCGGCCGACUCUACAUAUAUGGCCAGUAUCCAGGCACCCGUUGGAGUGGAGGUUAGUGUGAGUCCAUCAGUUUUAUCCUUCACUAAAGUGAUGGAGAAGCAGAGUUACAACAUCACGUUCACGGUACCCAAUCCAGCAACGCAUUCAUUUGCUUAAGGUUCUCUUACAUGGGCUUCCAAUUCUACCUCUAUUCAUUCUGGUUACCAAGUUAGAAGCCCCAUAUCGGUCAUCUGGUAUAAACCAUCAUAGUAAAUACCAUCCUAGUAAGAAGGGUUGCUUUCAAUCGGAAUAUUAUGUUCUAAUGCCUCGCCUACCCUAGCUAUAAUGUAU